CGUGAACAUUUAAAGUAGCCUCUUCCUACCACAGUCUUGUCGCAGCUUCACAAGUUCCGCAACUCACGCCAGUUUCUUGAAUCGGCAUUUAAUAUGGCAGCAUCGAAUAGUGUACUCAGAAUUGCGCAGGAUGAAGACAAACAAUUGUUCAUCCUGCUUCAUCUCAAGUCGAUUGGCGCAAAGGCUUUAGAUCUUAAGCUUGUCGGGACAGAAGGAGAAGCGCCUUAUGUUGCAACCAUUAAACAUGAUAAGGCUGUUGCCCUCAAGGCAAAGAACGCUACCAUUAGUGAUGACGAGUGGCUAGCUAUCCUACAGAACAUUUUCAGUCAGCUUCCCACGCCAGACAUACACGCUACAGCGGCAGUUCAAAGCGAGUCAACAGUUACAAUUACUAUUCGAAAACAGGUGCAAGGCAUUUCACAACGACUCGGUGCCAUUAUGCUCAACUACGAACCAGAAGAAGCCAUUGAGCUUUUUGAGUGGUGUGGAAAUACCGCCGAAAAAGUGUCAACUACCAAAGCUGAAGCUUCAGAGGCUACGACAAAGCUGACAGAACUUGAGAAUGUGGUUGACGACCUCAAACGCCAGCUUCGUGAACUCAUCCAGGCUAAAGAAACCGAUGAAGCAAUCAUGCUACAAAAGUUCCGCGAUGUAUUGAACGAGAAGAAAGCAAAAAUACGAGAACAACUGACAAUCAUGGCUGAUGGCACUUUAAAACCUGGGCCCCCACCUACCAUUCCUGAACAGACUGAAGAAACAACGGUGUCGUCAAGCGCUGAACCCAAGAAGUCCCGCCCAGCGAAGAGGAAAGCCCCAACACGGGCUGGCAUUAGGACCCGAAGGGCUACAACCAAGGAAGUUGAGAGCGAAGAUGAGGAACAGGAAUCUGCUGCUAUACCGGCCAUCAAGUCUGAGCCGCAAGACUCGGAUGAUGAUGGCAACACAACGGAGCGAACGGCAUCAACCGCCAGCGGAGACGAGGACGAAGAAAUGAAGGACGGUGUUCCUUUGGCCACCAUACCAGAGCCACAGCCAGUAGAAACGGCAAAGAAGACACCCUCAGCACCGCCGCCAAAGCGCGAAUUGCCAUUCAUAAAUCGGAAAACAACUGCACCACCAAAAACUGCGGCAGAGGACACAGACUCUGACGAUGAGCUAUGAGGGAUCGACGGUCAAUGUCAUUUUAUAAGCUUGAAGUCUUUAAAGAAUUAUAAUAUAGAGGAAUCUGAAUUUAUGAAUGACUUUUAUUA